CCACUUUCAUCAUACCUUACAUCUCCUUUACCAUACCGAAUCCCACUGUCAUUUCUGAACUUUUCUAUACACCAGUGGAGCCAACCACGCGUUAUGUAUAAAAGAUGACAACAGAGGCAGCGUCGCCGAAGAGGCGACACAUAUUAUCCUCAAUAAACCCCGACCGCCGCUCAGCGUCACCCAAAAUACCAGAUGCCAACACGCCUCCGGUCGAGGCCCCACCUCCGGAGCCGCAGCCGGAUCAAGAGCAGGUGGAACAGGAAGCUGCGGAACUGAAGGAUAGGAAGAAGACGACCAGAUUCCGAUUUAAGUCGAAGCGUUCGCGACACCACGAUGACGACUACGAACGUGAAGGCGAAAGCGAAUCACGCCGCCACCGUCAUAGACACAGACAUCAUCAUCACGACGACAACGACCACCACAAUCACCGCAAACACAAGCGACGGCGCUCGCGCUCCCCCACGCCCCCGAACCCUUUCGAGCCACCGCCCCUCGGAUCCGAAGCCGCCUUCCGGGAGUCGCUCUUCGACGCGAUGGCGGACGACGAAGGGGCCGCGUACUGGGAGGGCGUGUACGGGCAGCCGAUCCACAUCUACGCGCAGGAGGCGCGGGCAGGCGCGGGGCCGGACGGGCCGCUAGAGCGGAUGGACGACGACGAGUACGCGGCGUACGUGCGGCAGAAGAUGUGGGAGAAGACGCACGAGGGGCUCCUGGAGGAGCGGGCGCGGCGCGAGGAGCGCCGGAAGCAGAAGAGCCAGGAGGACGGCGAGAAGAGGCGGCUCGCGCGCGAGAUGGAGCGGAGCCUGCGCAGGGGCGAGGAGAGGCGCAGGAAGAGGGGGUGGAAGGAGCGCUGGGAGGAGUACGCGAAGGCGUGGAGGGAGUGGGACGGGUCGAUGGGGAGUAUGGCUUGGCCGGUGCGCGGGGGGCGGCGCGAAGACGUGGGUGCGGAUGCGGAUGCGGUCAGGGACUUUUUCGUCCUGGGGAUCGAUCCCGAAGACGUGGGCGAAGCGGAGUUCCUCGCGAGGUUGAAGGAGGAGCGGGUUCGGUGGCAUCCGGAUAAGAUACAGCAGCGACUUGGCGGACAGGUCGAUAGCGCGGUCAUGCGCGACGUUACGGCGGUGUUCCAGAUUGUGGAUAAGUUAUGGUCAGAUACCCGGUCUAAGGUUCAAGGAGGAAGACGUUCGUAAGAGGAAAUAUGAGCCUGUGCGAACCUACCCAAAAACAUUGAUGAUAUAUACCCCGUUUAUUGCCAUUAUAGGUUCGAAGCCUCAGAAGAUAUUGCAAGGCAGAUGUGAUGCUUAAGACGCCUGGAUGAUGGUAGAUCGAUAAACACAGUCGCGUCCACUCAACAGUAUAUAAUAUGGCAUGUCGGAGCCCUACUCAGUAGCUACCUGAUAUAAUAUAAUCUACAAUAGAUUUCAAAGAAAAAC